AUGAAUGUCGCAUUAACUUGUGCUAGCUCGAUAAUGUCUUCUAGCUCGACGUCGUGUAACGGCGACAGCGGUUUUGUCGGAAAUGUGAGUCUAAAGCCGCCCCCUGAGAUGUCUUGCGACAAAUGCCCUCGAUGCAGAGUACAGUUUGAUUAUAUAAAACGGGCCGAUGUUACUAAAGUUCCCCUGGUUCUUCCUUGCAAACACACAGUUUGUGAAGAUUGCAUUAGAAGACUGUGUGUAGUGAACAAUACGGUUUGUCCCAUUUGCAAGGAGAAAUUUACAGCACCGGGGCCUAAAGUUGACAAAUUCCAUGAGUUGUUUCCACCACAUUUUGCUUUAAUUGGACAUUUGUUGUGGGAGAAGAAUCGCCCCCAUGGGAGAAAACAGUUUACUUGGGUGUCCGAGGGGCCAAAACCACCCGAUUUGUCUGAAUUUGAUUUAGAUGUACAAUCAGAUGCUGAUGAGUUUCUAGAUGAGUUUACGUUUGAUAAAUGUCCCGAGCACCCAACUCAGUUUGUCAACAUUCAAUGUGAGGAAUGUGAUGAUUUAUUUUGUAGUUACUGCUUUCUUGAUUAUCAUAAUGGUCAUACUUCAAAAAGAUUAUGUAAACUGUCUCAGGAAGAAAUGCAGAAUUUGAACAAGUUUAAAUUUGACCUAGAAGUAAUUUUAGGACAACUUCUAGCUUCAAGAAAGAAAGUUAAGGAUUUGGAACAAUUCGACUCCAAAGGUCUCGAACACGAAAUAGAAAAUUACUUUUACGGCUUACACGCAAAGCUGCAUUUAGCCGAAUACAACUUGAAAAAAAAACUUCCCGAAAUGAAACCAGGCGUGGCGGAUUUACAACGCGUAAAUGAAACCCUCAGAGCGAGUAUUUCUAGAACGACUCAAAUUUUGAAAUAUUGCACAUUGUUGGAUUCGAUGCAACUCAACGUUAAGGCUUUAUACGAAGAAGUGCAAAAUAUUAGAAAUUUGCCAUGUAAACUUGUCUCGGAUCAGGGAGCGCUGCAGCCGAUCGAGUUUGCAGCGGAAAAAUUGUUUGAUGAUAUUGAGGAAACUGUCUCUUUGAGAACACUUUAUAGUAUCGAAUAUAGUUUAUUACCGAUUGAUGAUUGGAGUUACGCCGAGGAAAAAUAUAUGUUAGAAACAAUAAGACGUAAAAGUGACACAACAAUUUCAGAUAGCGAAAAUAAGAAACAAAGUACUGAAGAUGUACACUUUUCCAGUCAAUACACCGACAAACAAGUUUUGAAAAAGUCUGAAAAGAAGUUGACUCAAGCUGUGAUUCGGGUUGUUGUUACACAUAUAAACGAUUUGAAUAGCUUUUAUACUCAGACAUUUUCAUCACUCGAUACUUUGCGGACAAUGAACAACAUUAUUGAAAAGAGGACUCCGAAAAAAGUAGCUGAACAUGAAUUUAUAAUCGGUACUACCUACGGCGUCUUAUACGUAACUAAAAACUGUUCGCGUUGGCGCCGCGCUAGACUUCUGGAGAUUUACUUCAGUGGGAAAGAACGUCUCUACAAAGUUUAUUUUGUCGAUUACGGAAAUACCCAAAAAGUGACAGGAGAUAAAUUCAAACAUUUAGAUGUCCGUACGAUGAAACGGUCAUCGUGGGCUCAAGAAUGUAAAUUAACAAAUCCUGAAAAUACAGACUUUGGCAGGAAUGCACAUUUGGAUCUUUCAAAAAUUAUAGACGAUAAAGAACUGUAUGUGCAUUACAUCAGCGAUAAACAAAGUAAAGGGAAAGGGCCAAUAGAAGUCGAUUUGUAUGUAUCCACAUCAAGUGGUGGUUUAGUCUCUGUCAGAGAUUUGUUAAUAAAGACUGUGCAGCCUGUUCACGAAAUAAAAACUGAGAUCUUGACGACAAAUUUACAGUUUUUUGAAAACAGUAAACAGUUUAGCGUUGGACAAGAGGAAACGGUGGUUGUAGCAUAUGUUACAGAUCCGUUUCAUAUUUGCGUCCAAUUGGCCGAAAAUUUGAAGUUUAUCGAAAAAUUGAACAUAGCAAUGGAGAAAUAUUACAAAAACCGGUCUACAAUUUCUUGUAUUCCGACACAGGGUACAAAUGUAGUAAUACGAUACGUUGAUGGGACUCAUGGUGUCUGGCAUCGUGCCAAAAUUAUGGCUGUCGAUAUUGGUAAAAAAACAGUGGAGGUUUAUUUCGUCGAUUGGGGCAAAUAUACAGUUGUCCCGUGGUCCGAAAUUCGAUUAUUGACUGAAGAGUUUAUUAAAAUGGAGUGUCAGGGGAUUAUUGUGAAACUCGCUGACAUUGCGAAACUCGAGUCUAAACCAACGUGGACUUCGGACGCAAUUGAUUUCCUUCGCGAAAAUGUUGCUAAAGACGAACUGUUUCGAAUGGUUGUGAGUAAAACGGAACCGUUGGAAGUGGUCCUGUUUCAGACUCGUCCCGCUGCUGAUAUUUGUCUAAACUCACUUUUAGUUGAAGAAAAGCAUGCCAUUUCGACCGGAAACUUGUCUUUGACUGUGUAUUGGCCUAAUUCGUUGAAUGAGCAAUGCGAAGAUGACGAUUUUGCUUAUCAAAUGGUGAAGAAAUCUGAAGAGAUCCUCAUGGAAAACCACGACGAUAUUCAUUUGAUAUCUGGGUUGAAAAUUAACGUCAGUGUGAUUCGUUGCGAAAGCCCCGAUUUGAUCUACGUGAAAUUAUUAAAGCACAAAGAAGAAGAUGAGGAAUUACACAAGGAGUUACAAAUCUAUUACGGAGGUUCUCGAAAGAGUAAAAAUAAAUGGACGAAGGGCGAAUUAUGCGUCGUGUUUGACCCGCUACGUCAUAUGUAUUAUCGCGGAUCGAUUAAAUCAUCGACUAAUCCUGACUGUUACACUGUUUGGUUGUACGACCAUGCGCGAGAGAUAAAAGUUCCUAAAACAAUGAUCUUCGUUCAAGAUUCUUAUUUCAAAGCCACUCAUUGUUUCGUGUGGAAAUGCCGUCUAACAAACAUAAAACCUGCCGGGGAUGCCGGCAAAUGGUCAAAUCUAGCUAACGAAAUGUUGGAAAAAAUUUUCAACAAAUAUAAAACAAUCUACAUUAAAAAAAUCGAGUCAAAUCGUUCUUUGAAAAUGGUGGGUGUAGUCAUGUGGUAUUGUUUGACCACACCUGCUAAGGCUUUAGAACCGGCUGAAGUGCGAUAUAUUUCGAUAAAUCAAGCACUGAUUGAAAGUGGAGUCGCUUUUUCGUUGAGUUCAGGAAAGAGGGAGAUUGAACAAAAAGAGGAAAUCGAAAGUGAAAGUGAGGAUAGUGGUGAAGAAGAGGUGGUUGUGGAGGAAAAAAAGGAUUGGUACGGCAAUGUGUGUGAGGAGGAUGAAUUGAUGAUAACUGAACGAAAGACAUGGCCUCCACUUCUUAAACCUGAAAAUGAGAGUUUUCAGGCGUUUUUGGUCUGUAUAGACAGUGAGGGGGGAUUUUCAGUACGAGACGAAAUAUUGCAAAACUCGUACUUUGAUUUGGAGGAGACUAUUACCUCGAGGAUGAAUAGCAUGGAACCCAGUGUGGAUGUUACAUGGGAAGUGGGCAAUAUGUGUUCCAUUUAUUGGGAGCAACGGUGGUACAGAGGUAUCAUUUUGCAAAUUAUCAGCGAAAAUGAGUUUAGUGUCGAAAUGAUCGACUUUGGGAGCGAACAUACGGUUACUAGAGACAAACUCACGAAAUAUUUGCUAUGUCCUGACGUCCCCCCUUUACUCUACAAAGUUAGACUAUAUGACGUUUGGUCCAACCAUGGUGAUUGGUCUGCUGACGAUCUCGAUGUCUGGCUCUCUAUCGCUACUGACACUAUUAGAGUUGUUAUUAAAGACUGGAACAAUGAUACGCCAUUAGCAGAAAUCUUCAUAAGCACCGGUUUGAGUCUCAAUGAUUUGAUAGUACAGAAAUGUCCACAUGCUGUGAGACAUCACAGCCAUGCGGUCUUGCAACCCACCGAUGUUGAAGUUGUAGAAAGUGAAGAGGAAGAAGCUGUGGUUGAAGACAUAUCUUUGAAAUACUUUUAUCUUCCUCUCAGAAGCACGACCAGUGAUAAAGAAAAAAUGUACGUUUUGAGUGUACUUAAAUUUAAUAAUAAGCUAGAAGUUGUGCUUAGUAAAGAUAAAGUUGAUAACAGUUCUGAAGAACUUUUAAUGCUAAACGCUGACAUUGAAGAGGCAAUUGACGAUCAAUCGUUUAUGCAAGACUUCAAGUUAAACAAACCUUGCGUUUGUUUCUGUUCGGAAAGAGAGGCAUGGCUACGUGCUUUUGUUUAUAGAGUUGAUGAAUUACAAUCGGGUCACGUGAGUGUAUUUUAUGUCGAUUAUGGUGAAAUAGAAACGAUUCCAACAUCAGACGUUAAAGAAAUACGACAAGAAUGGUUGAAUAUGCCAGCAAGGAUUCGUAUAGCCACUGUAAACAUCGAGAUUACGCAUGCACAUUCUGAUUUUGUUAUGCUCAGCAUGAAGAAUUUAUGUGGAAGAUUGAUUUCGGUUAAAAUUGUUUCAGAAAAUCCAUUAUGCGUUCAUUUAUAUGAGAAAAAAAAGUUGUGUUACCAAAAUCUUGUUGAUAAUGGUUAUGUUAGAAUGUUAUAAGGUUGUUUGAGACUGAAAUUGUGUUAGUUUUUUUUUGUAUUGAAUAAAAUUUCGUUUUCUACUU